AUGCCAUCCUACGAGUACAAGAGCUCUGGCACCAACAGCAAGGGCAACCACUACUGCUCUCGUGACUACGGCAGCGGCGCUUCCAACAGCAACUCCUAUCACUACUCCAACUCCAACGGUUCAUACUACUACUCCAACCCCAACGGAAGCUCCUACUACAACGACGGCCAAGGCGGCUCUACCUACAAGUCUUCUGGCGGUGGUAGCGCCAGUGGCGGAAGCAAGAGCUCCAAGGUCGGCAACUAG